UGGCGGAGAAGAAAACCUGAAGAUCCUGCGCAGGGUGGAGAGCCAUCCAAACUGGAAGAAUCUCACUGCACGUCCACCGCGGCUAAGAACCUCGCCAUCCUGAAAGAGCGCUCCUUCGACAUUACCUUCGAUGUGGGAGAUGAAUACGAGAUCAUCGUGAGACGAUCGGCGGCACUGGAGCUUUAUGGCGUGGUGUCGUCUGCCCGCAGGAAGUGCACCGGUCAGAAGGUUGCCAUUAAGAAGAUCCCCAACGCCUUCGAUGUGGUGACCCACGCCAAGCGCACCUUACGAGAGCUGAAGAUUCUGAAACACUUCAAACACGACAACGUCAUCGCCAUCAAAGACAUCCUGAAACCAGCUGUGCCUUACUCCGAAUUCAAAUCUGUAUAUGUGGUGCUGGAUCUCAUGGAGAGCGAUCUUCACCAGAUCAUCCACUCCUCUCAGCCCCUGACAUUAGAACAUGCCCGCUAUUUCCUGUACCAGCUGUUGAGGGGUUUAAAAUACAUUCAUUCAGCGAAUGUUCUCCACCGUGACCUAAAGCCAAGUAACCUUCUGAUCAAUGAGAACUGUGAGCUUAAGGUUGGCGACUUUGGCAUGGCCAGAGGACUUUGCACCAAGCCGGAUGAGUACAAAUAUUUCAUGACAGAGUAUGUGGCCACUCGUUGGUACCGUGCCCCGGAGCUCAUGCUGUCCCUCCACGAGUACACUCAGGCUAUCGACAUGUGGUCUGUUGGCUGCAUCUUUGCCGAAAUGUUGGGCCGCAAACAGCUCUUCCCUGGAAAGAACUAUAUCCAUCAGCUUCAGCUCAUCAUGACGGUGCUUGGAACACCAUCCAGCCACGUGAUCCGAGCCAUUGGAGCAGAGAGGGUCCGAGCGUACAUCCAGAGCUUGCCCUCUCGCCAGCCGGUACCUUGGGCGAACCUGUACCCUCAAGGAGAUAGGAAAGCCUUGGAUCUGCUCUCCAAAAUGUUGAGAUUUGACCCGCGUGAGCGGAUAUCGGUGUGUGAAGCCCUGCGGCACCCUUUUUUAUCCAAGUACCAUGACCCCGACGAUGAGCCAGAAUGUGUGCCAGCAUUUGACUUCGACUUCGACAAGCAGAUCCUGACUAAAGAGCAGAUCAAAGAGGCCAUCGUGGCGGAGAUAGACAGCUUCCACCAGAGGAGGAGAGAGGGCAUCCGACGGCAGAUCAGCUUUAAACCCGCCCUGAAACCAGCAGAUGAAGGUUCCCUGACUGACAGCAUCAUUAGGGAGUCCCCAAGAGUUCCUGUGAAACCAGAAACCAUUGACCUGACCUCUCCCUCGGAGGAUGGGGAAAUUGUGCCAUCCAUAGAAAGUACGGAGGUGAAAGAGGAGGCCCCCGCAAUUAAGACUGAUCCUGAGCCAGUGCCAAAGAGAGAGGGCGCUAUUUCUGAUGACACCAAGGCGGCACUGAAAGCUGCUCUGCUGAAGUCAGCCCUGCGCAACAAAUCCAAAGGUGAGCUAAGUCUUGUAGAUGCCCCCAGUUCCAUUCCUGAGACCCCUGAAAUAAAGAAACCAAUAACGGCACAGGAGCGACAGCGUGAAAGGGAGGAAAAGAGGAGGCGGCGGCAGGAGCGUGCCCGGGAGAAGGAGAAGAAGCAGAAAGAGAAGGAACGCCGCGAAAAAUCGGAGGGAUUCAGUGGGUUGAUUUUGAGUGAAAACGACAAGAAUCUUCUGGAACGGUGGACACGGAUGAUUGACCAGACACAGCUGCAGCCACAGCCGCUUCCCCAGCCGGCCCCGCCUCCUAUAAACCCAACCGUGCCAAAACCAGCUCCAUGUCCAGACAUGAGUACCAUGACUCUGCCCCUUCCCCAACAGACGGCGUUUGGCAUGGCCAAUAUUAAUCCAGUUCCUGAGGUCCGAUGCCAGCAGAAUGGUACCAUCUCGGCACCCGCUGUCCCGCCAAAUAUCCAGUUCAUUCCAAGGUGCCUGAACCCCUGCCCUGUGCCCAACCUGCUCCAUUAUGUGCCACCCACCCCGGCAGCCUUCCAGAUUGCCCCUGUGGUGCUGGCUCCCCAAGUGAAGCCGGUGGCUCCUCCAAUCGCCAGCCAGCUUCCCCAAGAUGUCAACUCCAUCUCUCCAGAUAUCAACCUGGUGACCCAACAGUUCUCAAAGUCUCAGGUAGAGGAUGUCCUGCCCCCAGUCUUCUCUGUCACACCAAAAGGAAGUGGUGCUGGGUAUGGGUUGGGUUUUGAUCUCGAGGAGUUCCUCAACCAGUCCUUCGAUAUGGCGUCAGAGAGCCGCGAAAGCCUGGUAGACUCCGCCCCUCUUUCUGCAUCUCUCUUAGCCGAUUGGCUGGAAGUUCAUCGCAUGAAUCCCGCAGACCUGACCGCACUCCAGGAGGACCUGCAGCUGGGAUCUCCCAUGAUCCUCUCCGACAUCCCCGACCUCCAAGACGGCUGA